ACUCCCAUUUAAAACGGUACCAAGGCACAGCAUUCAUUUUUCUUUUCUGUGUCUUAGAUUUUAAGUUUUAGUGAUUUUUGAUUGAGAUAUUGUAUAAAAAUAGCCCUAUAUAAAUUUAUAGGCUUAAGAACGGCAUGGGGGAUUGUAACUUCGACCGUUACAGCAAGGAAGAAAAGUUUUCUUACAGGACUUGGUGUUCAAUGUGUGAAAGAGGACCUCAAAGGAGACGUUCUAUUAGCGAAACGAAUGAGCCUUGCAGAAGAAAAAGCAAAGAAUUAAAGACUUUAACUCCAAAGAAAUAUAAUCGUAGUCAAGAAUACGAAAAUAUGGAAUUCGAAUAUGAAUUAAAGGGCCAGUGGCAAGAAAAAGAUAUGAGAUAUGAAUUUUCAAGAAUUAGAUCAAAUCUUUGUGAACUUCCUACCUCCUAUAUAUCAAAUAAUUGUCAACUUUCAAACAAUUUGGCAGGGCUUCCAAAAUUGUCUAAUGAAUCAACUGGCUUUGAGUGUUGUAAAAGUGCAGGUACAUAUGAAACCAGUGGAAAAUUCGCUGAUAUUGAUGAUCAAAUAGAAAAUUUAGGUAGCAUGCAAGGAAAAGGGAAGUCAAGAUUGGAGCCUGUGAAGAUCAGUAAGAUUGACAUUCCUACGUUUCAGAAGAAAUCUGAAGUAAGAAGCCCGGAUAAAUCAAUUACCAGUCAUAGUUAUAACAAUACAUCUCCCAGAGGCCAUUUAUACAGUAGAAGUGAUCUUUUAGAUAAAUAUCCUAGUCCAAUCAAAUUUAAAACGAGUUCAUCAGCAAGCCCCUAUUGUAAUGAGUUUUGUUCAUACUCAAACUUUAAGAUGCAUACACUAAGUAAUCAGAUUCCAGUGUGUUUUGAUACCAGCACUUAUUUUAAUAAACAAUGUGAAUCAAUCCCAGAUAAAUACACUAGAGAAAUUCAGGAUUUGCGAGAAAAAUUACUCUCAUUAAAAAGCACUAGCUAUAUUUGUAGUGAUAACUUACUCUUCAAUCCCAGUACAGCUGUGAUUAAAACUACAGUACCUAGAUCAAACACCAAUGGCAUUCAAAAUGAAUUGAAAUCAAAUACUGAUACAAAUUUUAUUAGUAAUAAAUAUAAAGAGGAUAAAUGUCUUCAAAUGAAAGGAUCUCCUGCAGCACCAGAACCAUCUCCAACAGCUGCACUUAAAACUCAUAGGAGUAAAGUUUCAUUAAAAACUAGAGCUAAACUGAGCAACCACAAAGUAAGAAAAGUCAAACCCAAAACUAUCCAUAACAUACCUACUUUGUCAGACGAUGUGAACAGCGACUGUAGUGGUUCGGAUAGUGAAAAUGAGACAAAUCUGGACGAUGAAGCGGGUAAUACCGAUGAAAAUUCUACAGAUAAGAGCGAUGAUUCUUCUGAAAGUUGUACAUCUCUAAACGUGAUUGAGACUGGCUCUGGAGAUGCAGUCAACUGGCCAAUUAGACAAAGUUUAUUUCCAAACAUUCCACCCUACAUUAGGUUUAAGUUGCACGAUGUCGAAGCGGAAGUACAAAUUCCCAAUGCCAAGAAAUAUUUUAAGUGGAAGCUCAGUACCAUCACUCCGCUCAUAGUUAGAAAAACCUUAACAAACACGGGUUUUGUUCUUAUUAGAAGUGAGUUUACCAGAGGUUUGGAUUUUUACCUCAUACGUACAUUCUACCUCAAGGAACUUAAAUUAUUAAAGCAAUGUUGGGAAUAUAAAAAUGGCAAUGGUGGUGAAAUGUGGAUUAUAAAACCGCCUGCUUCUGCGCGAGGAGUCGGCAUAAAAGUGAUAAAUAAAUGGUCUCAACUUCCAAAGAAAUCAUCCCUUAUAGUUCAAAAAUACAUUUCCAAUCCUUAUUUAAUAAAUGGUAGCAAAUUUGAUCUAAGACUGUAUGUUUUAGUAACUAGUUUCAAUCCGUUAAUAAUUUAUAUGUACAAAGAGGGAUUAGCCAGGACAAUCUCUAAAUUAAUGGAAUAUCUUCAAGGUUACAAUGUCGAUACUAAAGCCUUGUGGAGAAAUUUACAACAAUUAGUUAUAAAAACAAUUAUAGCCUGUGAAUCACCCGUGGUACAGUUAUGUGAAGAAAAUAUAAAUAGUAGAUACAAUUGUUACGAAUUAUUUGGAAUUGAUAUACUUUUGGAUGAUAAAUUAAGGCCAUGGUUAUUAGAGGUUAAUAUUUCGCCAAGUCUUCACAGCGCCUCCCCCCUGGAUGCUCACGUAAAAGGUCCCUUAGUUCAAUCAAUUUUCGACUUAGCACAAUUUCAUUUACCGUCCAGAAUUAGUGCCCUCAAACACGGUAACUUGCCAGAAAGUUUCGACGCAAGAUUGUAUUCAACGGCCUUAACGAAAAGGGAGAAGAAUAAACACGCCCUCUUCGAACAAUUAGAAAGUAGAGAUGAAUAUCUUACCGAUAUUCUUAGGACCUUAACUGGUGAUGAUGUGCGGCAUUUGAUACGAGCAGAAGAUGAACUUACUGUUAAAGGAGGCUUCGAAAGGAUAUUCCCUACACAGCAAUCUCACAGAUAUCUGCAUUUCAUGGAACCAAGAUACUACAACAGGUUGUUCGAUGCGUGGGAAGAACGGUAUGGACACCAAAGAGAAGCAGGUUAG